AGUUUUUACGAUUGAUUACGCAACAAGUAAGAUUGGCCGCUGCUGGAGAAAGCAGUCAAUUAACAAUGAUUUCAUCACAUAGAGAAGACGAGUUUCCUCAAAUAAGGAAUGCAGUGUAUUUCGAUCACACAGGGGCCACACUGCCAUGUUCUAGUCAACUAGAGGGCUUUCACAGAGACAUGAGAGAGAAUCUCUAUGGUAACCCACACAGUCACUCAUCUAGCAGUAGUCUCUGUACUGAGACAAUUGACCAAACUAGGUUCAGGAUACUGAAACACUUCAAUACCACUCUUGAGAAACAUACUAUUAUAUUUACAUCAGGAUGCACUGGAGCCUUAAAGCUGCUUGCUGAAUCGUUUGACUGGUCUGGCUUGAAAGGAUGCCAUCAGACAGGAAGAUCAUCGUCUCUGAAGCAUGACGAGAAUCCUCAUCAUGGACAGAGGAGAGGGAUCUUCUGCUAUUUACAAGAUAACCAUACAUCUGUAGUUGGAAUGAGAGAGAUUGCACAUGCUAAAGGUGCAGAUAGUCUGUGUUUAUCUAAAGAUACAAUGAAAGAACUAUUCACUUCUUCCAUAUCUGUCGUUAACAAGAUUAGCCCACAAGAUAAAAACAAUGGUAAAAAAGUUGAUGGUGCAGAAUACAAUGUGCGACCUCAAGGGCUGUUUGCUUAUCCAGCUCAGAGUAACUUCUGUGGAUACAAGUACCCACUGCAAUGGACAAAGAAAGUUCAGGAUGGAAUCCUCCGUCACCAGACUGGUUACCAUGGUAACUGGUAUGUUGUUUUGGAUGCUGCAGCAUUUGUCAGUACCUCUCCUUUAGAUCUGAGCUUGUGUGAUGCAGACUUUGUGACCAUUUCCUUCUACAAGAUGUUUGGCUUCCCGACUGGCCUGGGAGCUCUCAUUGUACGCAAUGAUUCUGCCCAUGUGUUGGUGAAGGAGUACUUUGGAGGUGGUACUGUGAUGGCGUAUUUAGCCAAGGAAAGGUUCAACAAAACAAGAAUGGAAUUGGCAGAAAGGCUUGAAGAUGGCACUGUACCCUUUCUUGAUAUUGUUAGCCUACGUCAUGGGUUUGAUGCACUGGAAAGACUUGGAGGUGGCAUGAAGUCAAUUUCUGAACGUACAUUCCUCUUGGCCAAGUUUGUAUAUGAUCAACUAUCUAGUUGGAAGCACCAUAAUGGGCAGCCAGUUUGUGAGAUCUAUAACUGCAGUGGUUUUGAAAGCACAGAUAACCAAGGUCCUAUCAUUAACUUUAACUUGCUUCGGUCCAGCGGAGAGCAUGCUGGAUAUGCAGAGUUUGAGAGAUUGGCUUCUCUACAUGAUAUUCACCUAAGGACUGGUUGUUUUUGUAAUACUGGAGCUUGUCAGUACUACCUUAAUAUAACGGAUCAAGACAUCAAGGAUAAUCUAGAUGCUGGACAUGAGUGCGGUGAUGACAUGGAUCUGAUUAAUGGCAGGCCUACAGGAUCAGUUCGAAUCUCAUUUGGAUAUAUGUCAAACCAAGAAGAUUCUGACAGGUUUCUUACAUUUGUCAAAAACUACUUUGUUGAAAAAGAGUGUCAAACAAUAUUGUGUUCUAUGGAACAGAGAGAUUUGAUGUUGGGAGACACAAGAAUAGAACAAUUGACAAUUUCAGCCAAGUCUAUGUCACCUUCUUCAUCAUCACCAGCACCACCAUUAGCACCAACAUCAUCACCACUACAAUCAUCAUCUGUACUGUCACCACCACCACCACCAACACCAUCAUUGUUAUCAUCAUCAACAGCAUCAAAACCACUACCAACAUUACCACCACCAUCUUCAUCAUCUAGACCAUCAUCACCAACAUCCUCAAAAAUUGUUUCAUCAGGGCCACAGAACUUACCUUCAGUGCGGAAUCAGACUGAAAGUGAAACUAGGAGCUCAAAGACAACUUCUCAAGGAGAAAGAACCACCAAUGAACAAUCCACCACCAAUGGUCCAAGACUUUUAAAGAUAUUUCUUUAUCCAGUUAAAUCAUGUGGUGCCAUGGAGGUUUCAGAAUGGGAGUUGAGUGAAGCAGGUCUCAAAUAUGAUAGACGAUGGAUGAUUGUCAACGAAGGUGGCGUUUACAUGUCUCAGAAACGAAUUCCUCAUCUAUGCCUCAUAAAACCAUCUAUAGACCUUGUCAAUAAUCAACUGCUUUUAGCCUAUAAAGACAAGGGUCAUUUUACAUUGCCUCUGGACAUCCCCAGAUCUUACAUCAAUGAAACAUCCCUUAGUCAAGGCAAAGUUUGUGGUGAUAGAGUAAAUACAAUUGAUUGUGGAGAUGAGGUUGCAGCAUGGCUCACAGAGGUCAUAGGUCAGCGUUGUCGCCUGCAGCAACAAGAUCCAGAUUACCACAGAUCAAGUAAACUCAACAAAAAUACAGCCAAGAGAGGAUCAGACUGCUCCCUAUCCCUUGCCAACCAGUCACAGUACCUCUUAGUGACCGCAUCCUCUUCAGCUUCCCUCCUAUCGGCAGUCAACCAGUCCUCCAAUCAAGAGAGUCAUCAGCUCUCACUGGAUGACAUGAUAGCAAGAUUUAGAUCUAACCUGGUGGUUGAGGGGUGCAGUGCAUUUGAAGAGGAAUCAUGGAGCAAGAUAGCCAUUGGAGGUCAAGAUUUUGAGGUCAAAGGAUGCUGUAACCGUUGCCAAAUGAUCUGUAUCAACCAAGACACUGCAGCAAAGGGUACUGAGCCUUUGUGUACACUAUCAGCUGUCAGAAGUAAAAAGAUAUUCUUUGGGGUCCAUCUGAUGAAUAGUGCUAUGUUAAAGGAAGGAGUCAAGCUUAAGAAAGGUGAUGCAGUGAAGGUUCUUCAUAGAAUUGCUUCAUCAGAGACUACUGUAUGAUGUCAAGAAACAUGCAAAUGAAGUUGAAUUAAAGUGUUAUACGGUUUAUACCUGUUCAAACCCUUGGCUCUCAUGCAGAAAGUAAUGCUCUAUUGGAAAACCAGACCCCUCUGCAUGCAUCCUGUUGCGAGUACAAAGUGUAAAUAGUACACUCUGAAUUGCAUGGAUUUGGAGUGAGUGGAUUGGCUGUGGUUGGGGGUCCAAUGGUUCUGGAUUUAAUUUAGGUCCUGGAAAUUAAUUCAAGAGUCUCGAAAGACUUGAAUUUAAGUCUGCUCUGGGGGGGGGGGGGGGGUAACAGAGAUAAUGGCAUUGAAUAACACAAAUCCGUUACCAAUACAAGUGAAUAGGAAAGAUGUUUCUACAGCAGAGGAGUUCAAGUACCUUGGUAGUGUUGUCACAAGUGGUGGUGGGGCAGAAAAUGACAUCAGAAAUCGUCUGAAAAGCAAAUGUAUCCUUUAGAAUGUUGAGCAAAAUUGGGAGAUCACAGCAGCAUAGUACAAGAACAAAGCUGUGUCCUCUCCAAUUUUAUCUGACCUAAGCUGCAGUUGGGCUAGAUUUAUGUUACAUCCGUGCAGAUUAGAGUGUAGUGUAAGGCUGGAUCUAUCAUGAUAUGUCACCACUGAAUAAAAAAAUGUAAUCUGAAAUGUUUGUGUUGAGAAGUAACUAGCACCAAUAUGAAUUUUUUUGUCAAGUUUUUAUUCAUAAUUUGUCUGAAAUAUGAAGAUUUUUUUUUGGAAAAAUGACACCUAAAUAUUUUCAGGUCCUGAUGACAAAGCAAUGUGAUGAAGGGGUAUGACAUUCUCAUUUGUUUGAUAUCAAAUUCGUCUUGAUAGCACAAAUAUUUUAUAAGAUACAGUGAAUUUUAUGAUGUUUGGUGUAAACUUUUCUUUGAAUUUCCUGGGUGUAUGUAAACUGGCCCAACUGUAUAUGCUAACUUCCAAAUCAACACAAUAAUUUGCAUUUUGAUAUGUUUAACCAACAUUUCCAUAUGUUACUUUAGUUGCUUAUGAAUAUAUUUUCAUCUUGGUAAAUCUUUUGGUUCUUUAUGUCACUGUUUAAUAUUUUAUGUUCACCUACCCUGCCCUGCUUGAGCCAGUAGUAUGGCAAUUUUUUGGGCUGUCUUACAAAGAGUAUUUGAUCCAAUCAACCUCAAGUAUAUGGAAAUCCAUUGACAUCAUAAUUUUUCUACAGGAAAUUUGCACAAUGUCCUAAUUUGUAAACAAAGAGAAGCACAACAAAUUUUGAAGAAAACUAUGAAUAUACAUCAUGUCUAGAAUUCUUUUUGAACAAACAUGUAUUUUAGAUGUUGACAUUGCUGGCUUUCCAUCAUUGUAGUUAAUCGGAUCAAUCGUAACUCAUUGUAAGUCGGGGCCCUGGGGAGCGUUUCAUCAACAUUUUCACCCGACAAGUUGUCAUCUGACAUCUUUCCCUGAUUUUGAUUGGCUGAGAGGCAUUGUUCCUAUGGUAACUGUAAUGUCUGACAAGUCCUUCCAUGAAAUGCCCCCCUGGUCUAUUGUUUACUACUUCUUACCCAAUGUAUGAAAUGUACCUGUCUUGUACUGUUCCUUUUUUAAUAUCCAUUUAAUGAGUGAUGCAAAACAACUUUAUAUUGGGGUGCAAUAAAGUCAGUACUUAUGUCAUAAUUUUAUAUUUUGAGAUUCAUCAUUAAUAUCAUAUCUAUUGAUAUGCCAUGUUGCUAGAUAUAUAGUCAUUGUUGUACAGGAAUGAAAUAUAUUUAUUUUAAAAAGUGUUAGAAAUGUGGUGUAUUAACAUUAUAUACUGCUUUAUUCCAUUUGUACAUUAUCAGACAGUACACAUAUUUAAUUUUAUAAAAAUAUUUUAUAAAUUGUGACUUUACAAGGGAUAUUUUCACAGAUCUCUCACUCAUGACAAUGGUAAAUUCUGUGGCUUAUAAUAAAUUUGAAUGAACACAAUUUCCAGCAUGUUAGAAUAAUGCUUGUUUUUCAAGUAAUUGAUAAUAUAGUUGUCUUUGUCUUAUUCAUUUGACAACUGUGAAUGACUGAUUAGCUCAGUAAUAAUUGGUGUUGGGAUAAACAAACUUUAUUUUACUGCAGAAAUAGCAUUGACGUCGUACAUAAGCCAAAUGGAUAAAUGUGAAUUAAACUUGACAUUAAGCUUGCCAAAAUGAAAUUAUGCAUUAAUGAAUCAUAUUUAUAUACUAGUCAUUUUACCCACCUUUCAUAUUCUUUAUCAUGUUUUCUAUUAUCUUGCGCAAGGCAUUUUCAUUAUAUUUCUAUUUAAUAUUAAUUGUAGAAAACAAUCAGUCAAUAAAAUUGUCAGCAGAUUUUUCAGAAUGACUGCCACCAUUGUAUGGAAAUGAAA